AUGACAACUGAAGAGAUAGAUCCCCAAGCCAAAGAGAUGCAAAUGUUGAAAGGAAAGGCUGCUAGAGAAAUAAAUGGCAGACCUGUGAAUCAAAUAAUGGAAGUUGUUAUACCUGUGAGAAAUGAUUUUGACAUACUACAACAAGAUGAUGAUGUGAUGGAACACAAUGCAGUCAAAAUUAGUAGAAAAAUAGCCCCUGGAUGGGAAUUUGAAAACAACUAUGCAAGUGCAGUCAAUGGUAGAGUUUGGAUGCUCUGGGAUAGUGCAGUAUAUUAUGUCAAAAUUGUACAACAAGCAGCACAACUAAUACACUGCAAUGUGGUUAGUAGGAACCAAGUCAUUGAUUGUGAUAUGACAGUGGUGUAUGGAUACAACACAAUUGAAAAAAGAAAGGAAUUAUGGCAGCAGCUUGCAGGAAUCUCACAGAAGGGAGAUUACUAUACAUGGACAAAUAAACAGCAAGAUGGAGAUAGAAUUUGGAGUAGAAUUGACAGAGCAAUGGGAAAUGCAGAAUGGAUGAUGCAGUUUGGACAUCUCACUACUGAAUUCAAGUUGCCUCACAUAUCAAACCACAGCCCUAUGAUGAUACACACUAACUUGAGGGAACCAAAGAUCAAGCCACCAUUCAAGUUUUUCAAUGUUUGGGCAUCACAUAAGAACUUUCCCAAGAUGGUGAAGGACUGCUGGGAACAGGCCCUGCAUCCAGAUACAAUGAGAAACAUAUGGCUGAAACAAAAAGACUUAAGAGGAAAAUUGAAGAUUUUGAAUGAAACUGAGUUCAAGGGUAUUGGUAUGAAGAUUGAACAAGCAAGAGAAGACUUGAAAGAGAUUCAGAUCAAGAUAAGUUCACAUUACAAAUACACUUGCAUCAGAAUAGAAGAAUAUAAUAUGCCAGCUUGA